GCCCGUGCGAUCCACAACCAGCUCUGCGACCAAACGCAGAUGGAGGUGGAUGACGACCUCAUGGAGCUUUCGACGCAGAUUACAAAGGAUCUAAGUGCUUUGAGCUUGCAAGUGGAGCAGGCAAUCCAAGCGAGUGUCCCACCGCCCAGCGAUCCGAGUGGCCCGGAAAAGAUCCAAGGGAGUGUCCUGCCGCCCGGUGCCGAUCCGAGUGGCCUGGAAAAGAUCCAAGCGAGUGUCCCGCCGCCCAGUGCCGAUGCGAGUGGCCCGGAAAAGAUCCAAGCGAGUGUCCCACCGCCCAGUGCCGAUGCGAGUGGCCCAGAAAAGAUCCAAGCGAGUGUCCCGCCGCCCAGUGCCGAUGCGAGUGGCCUAGAAAAGAUCCAAGCGAGUGUCCCGCCGCCCAGUGCCGAUGCCGAUGUGGAGAUGCGCAGUGUCGAUCUGGCUGACCCUAGCCCGAAGGUUCCUAGCUCAGUACAUCAAGCCCUUCUGAGACCUGGAACUGUGGACAUGGAGUUGCUAGCGGCAGCGAUUGAGAUUGCCAAGGGGGGGUCCGAAGUGCCAGAGCAGACAGGGGGUAUCUCUGCAAUCAAUGCUUUGGAGCAGGCCCUCAAAAACAAGAUGCCCAGAGCAAGCCCCCCUGAGAAGCUUGCCAUGCCCCAUCCUCAAGAGAAGCCUGAUCAAGAAAUGAUUGCAACCACCGCAGACCCGGUAGCAGCUACAACGACCGUUGCCCCGGUACCAGCUUCCGAUGCAAGCUCUGUCAGCGCCACCGACAAAGCAGGGUAUGAGGCCAGGCUGGAUGAGAUCGAGAAGCAGCUCAAGGCCAGGAAUGUUUCAGAUAUUGUGGUAUGGGGUUCUCUCAAUCGGUUCUCGUCGCAGACAUGGAUAGUUAGCUUCAAAAGCAUUCGACCAACAGGAUGA